CUAUGCGCGUUCCUCUUGCUCCCCGCUUCCCAGUCCAAGCCUGGUCUAUUCGCUGACUCAGUGCCUUAAGCAGCAUCAAGGUUCAUCGGAACAGAGCUUCAGCAUCCUCUGCGGAGAAAUACAUCAGCCAUGGCUAAAACUGUAACCGCAUACAAAGAGAAGAUGAAGGAGUUGUCCGUCCUCUCCCUUAUCUGUUCCUGCUUCUACCCCGAGACUCGCAACAAGCUCGUUUGUGAGUUUGAAGACAUGGAAGUUAAAGCUAUAGACAAACGGGCCUCAGGGCAAGCCUUUGAGGUAAUUCUCAAGCCCCAGUCUCCGGUGUCAGACAUUGCCCACAACCUUCCCUCUCCCCCAAAGAGGGAUCUCUCCCUGGAGGAGAUUGAGAAGAAACUGGAGGCAGCUGAAGAGCGAAGGAAGUACCAAGAGUCUCAGGUGCUGAAGGCUUUGGCGGAAAAGCGGGAACAUGAAAGGGACGUGUUGCUAAAGGCCAUGGAGGAGAACAGCAACUUUAGCAAGAUGGCCGAGGAAAAGCUCCAGAUGAAGAUGGAACAGAUUAAGGAGAAUCGCGAGGCCCAGCUGGCAGCCAUGAUGGAGCGCCUACAGGAGAAGGAGAAGCAUGCCGCAGCUGUGCGCAGGAACAAAGAGCUGCUGAGGGAAGAGCAGCUAGCAUGAGCUUCACACAAUUCCUGUGGUCCGUCUGUCGAACCAUCCAUCCAUCCAUCCCUGCCCCACCUUCAACCUCUCCAAAACAGACACUCUGCCCUGAAGGCUGAGAGGCUCAAGAAACUCACCACCACAGCACUGCACACCUUGUCACAACUAUCCACAACCAUCAGUAUUAUCAGUAAUACAGACAUCUAUGACACUCCUUUUACAACUAAAUAGAUUUGUUGAUUUAGCAAAAGUGCAACCAUAUGACUUUUAUUUUGUAAAUACUAUCUAUCUAUCUAUCUAUCUAUCUAUCUAUCUAUCUAUCUAUCUAUCUAUCUA